CCCCGCGCCCCGCCCCCCGCCUCUCCUUCCCCCCCCACCGGGCCGGGCAGCAGCGGCCGCGCUGCUUUCGCCCGCCCGGCCCCGCCGCGCUGCCCAUGGCGGAGCCGCGCCGAGCCCCGCGGCUGGCAGGCAAUUGAAAGCCUGGAAGAUUUGAUGUCAAAACAUACCACAAGUUUCGAAGGAAGGGAAUCUGCGUGAAUAGCUACAGAGGGAGUUGAGAAGAUACAGCAUUUGCAAAAAUGUCUUUGAGUUGUGUAACUGCAGUGUUUGCUUUGAUGAAUUUGUGCUUCGCAGCUGCAGGUCCCGUGCCCAGGAUUGAAUGUGUCUUAUCACGGAUUAACAGUUCGCACCCUGUCCAUGCCUUACUGGAGAGUUUUACAGUCUUAUCUGGCUGCGCAAGCAGGGGCACAACCAGCCUGCCACAAGAGGUGCACGUCCUCAACCUCAGGAACCCCGAGGAAGAUCUUGGCCACCAUGAGAGACAGGUCACGUUACAUUUGAAUCCAAUUUCGUCAGUGCAUAUCCACCAGAAGCCUCUGGUGUUUCUUCUCAAUUCUCCUUUGCCUCUGGUCUGGAAGCUGAAAACAGAAAGACUGGCACCUGGAGUCCGAAGAGUUUUCUUUGUGUCUUUAGGCUCUGUUGUUCGGUUUGAGAAGGGGAAUUUCUCCUUGUCAGCAGAAAAGGAAGAGAAGGUUUUUCCUGAGAAAAAUGAACAUCUGCUGCAGUGGGCCCAGAAGGAGUAUGGAGCAGUGACAUCUUUCACCGAACUCAAAAUAUCAAGAAACAUCUAUAUUAAAGUAGGAGAAGAUCAAGUUUUUCCUCCUUCGUGCAACAUAGAAAAGAAUUUUCUCUCUUUAAAUUAUCUUGCGGGAUACCUUCAGCCAAAAUCAGCAGAGGGAUGCCUCAUGUCUCACUUCGUCCAGGAAAGAGAAGUUCACAUCAUUGAACUCCUCACUCCAAAUUCCAAUCCGUACAGUACUUUCCAGGUGGAUAUAAUCGUUGACAUUAAACCAUCUCAACCGGGCAGCAAACUCGUCAGAGACGUCGUGCUUAUCCUCAAGUGUAAGAAGUCUGUCAACUGGGUUAUCAAGUCGCAUGAUGUUCAGGGAAAGCUGGAAGUGAUUACAUCAAACAGUAUUGGGUUCGGAAAGGAAUCGGAACGCUCCAUGACUAUGAGUAAAUCAAUAAUUCCUGAUAUUCCUUCGUCGCAUGAGAGUUUGAUCAAGUGGGCUCAUGAGCACAGCUAUAGUCCAGUGACCUCCUACACAAAAGCCCCCGUUGCGAACAGAUUCCAUCUGCAACUGGAAGAGACAGAAGAGAUGAAUGAUGAAGAAGACCAUUCUCUUCCUCCAGAGCUGACAGAAUUGCUGGGUGCUAACCCGCUGCCCGCACCAAAGAACCCUGCAUUAAGUGAUGGCCCGGCUUUUCCUUUUCACAUUAAUAGAGGAAGGCAUAACGCGAUGGGAACAGGAAUCUUCCCGUCCAGGGAUUCAGUACAUACGUUAAUAAAUCAUGACUUUGAGCACUCCCUCUCAAAACAUAAAGAACCCGAGGAGGUUCAGGGCAGUGCGGGUGUAGUGCCAUCGAUAAAUUGUGAUGACAAAGUCAUGACGGUAGCUGUGGAAAAAGACUCACUGCAGGCUAGUGGCUAUACCAAGACAGAACUCUCACUGCUGGAUCACUCUUGCAAAGCCAAGACGAAUGGGACCCACUUCAUUUUUGAGUCUUUGCUGAACGAAUGCGGGACUCGGUCAGCCCACAUCUUGAACAAGAUUGUUUAUUUUAACUCUAUCGUCAUUCAGCUGUCUUCAGCGGCUGAGAGCAGCGGCUUUGAUGAUGAUGACAUGGAAUCGGGGGAUAAUGGAUUUCCAGGGGAUGCUGAUGAGGGCGAUGUUGCUUUCUCGAUCUGGCCUAAAAUAGCGUUUAAUUGCACGCUGCAGCAGCCAGCGGAUAACAAGGGCACGUUCUGGUCUCCUGAACCACAUAUCUCCAACGUGACCUUCAACAUGGAGCUGUACAAAACGGAUCUGUUCCUUGCUCCCUGCCAAGGACUCUUUUCUGUCGCAGAGAACGGGCCGAUAUAUGUUGAGGUGUCUGUGACCAAAGCCGACAGAUCCCUGGGCUUUGCCAUUCAAACAUGCUUUGUUUCCCCGUUCUCAAACCCAGACAGAAUGUCUGACUACACCAUUAUAGAAAACAUUUGUCCUAAAGAUGAGUCUGUUAAGUUCUACAGCAUCGAGAAGGUGAACUUCCCGGUCCCGCAUGCACAGAAGGACAAAAAACGAUUUAGCUUUGUGUUUAAACCGAUGUUCAACAUCUCACUGCUCUUCCUUCACUGUGAGCUGACUUUGUGUACAAACAAAGACAAAGAUACUCAAGGACUACCAAAGUGCGUUCCUCCUGAUGAAGCUUGCACCUCUCUCAACGUGGACAUGAUCUUGGCCAUGAUGCACAACAAGAAAACAUUCACUAAGCCCCUUGUCGUAAUAACACAUGGAGAAAAACUGGGAGAUCCUUCCCUGCCAAAGCCGAACGUGAGACAGCCACCGGUGUUUUAUGGGCUGGACACGCUGACGGUCGUGGGCAUUGCCUUUGCGGCGUUUGUGAUCGGAGCCCUGCUGACUGGAGCACUCUGGUUUAUCUACUCACGCACCGUACAGAAGAAAAGAAGAUUUGUACACAAACAACUGGAGGAGAAGAGAGGGAGGACAUCCAGACAAGGCUAUGAAAGCUCUCGCAGCACGAUGGCACAGACAUUGAUUUGAUAACAGUUUGUUCUGAUGGGUGGAAAGCCAUUCCAAUGCCAGUUAGAGCUGAAACUUGGUUUAUUCGCAGAUGACUGGGAGUAGAUUCUGCCCCACUGCACGUGAUCAGAAAGCCACUGCUCAUGGACGAGCUACGUAGUUGUUCCGUAGACUGAGAAAAAUAGAAUAAAAGUCUGCUCAACAGUGGUGAAUGCUGUGCUGAACGCUGAAUUCAAGCGUGAGAUCCUCACCCUCUUUUUAAACAUUUCAUUGGCGUCCUGGGCAAUGUGGUUUAGUGUUUUAGUUUGUUGUUUUUCUGUCCUGUCCCAUCUCUUCUUUCCUCCCCAUUCCUAAAGCAGUGGGGCGUAAGGCUGGAGCUGUGCGCUGUGGGGCCUUGUACAGCUGUGGCUGCAGCACUAGCGGCAAACCUGCCAGCUUCCCUUACAAAGAGCACUUGCAGCCUCUGCUGUGAGAAGCCCUCACCAGAGCAGACCUUCGCACACUGAAAGCCUGCAGAAAGACGUUUUCUGGCCCAAGACACAAAGCGUUAGAGGCACACUUCCUCUGUGGCUGCAUUCCGGAGGAGCCUGGGGCUCUGGCAGCUGGGCAGCAGCAUGCAGGGCAUGGGGAUGUGCCAGAGCAGCUCCUGUGGGAGGAAGCUGGCUCGUCCCUGCUCUGUAACCCUCUGGAUGCAGGCUGUGUCUCCGGCCCUCACCCUGCCACUGAAGCAAGAACUGAGCAACAGGAGCGCCACCGAGUCCUGAGCAGAGAAUUAAAAUUGGACUCUGCAGAGCUGGGUUUCAGAUGACGUAGGGCACCGUGAAGCCGGAGAUCUGCAUCACUGUAGACUUAGGAGGCAGGAGAUGUACCAGCCUUUGAUUUGUCUUAGUCAUUCCUGCCCAUGAUCUGGAAAAACAUUUCCGUCUUGCUCCUUUGCUGGGGCAGCAGCCGUGGUGGUGCUGGCUGCCACAGUUGGUCUGCGGCUCGAGCAGCGCAGCCUGUCCACAUUAUUGUGCUGAGAGCAUGGUUUCCCAUCCUGAUUGCCACAGGAUCACAGCCACGGCUGCAGAAGGGGUGUGAGGAGAGCAGACAGAAAAUCAGAUUUUCAUCAGCAGCCGUAAAUUUGGCUUUAACUCCUAGUGCCUGAUUUGGCAAUCCAAAUAACAAAGGGCUUUUAAUUUAUUGUCAGAAAACAACGAGCAAUGAUGAGAAUCAUUCUGCCUACAGGUUAUGAGUGCUGCAUGUUCUAUGGUAGCUAUAGGGGAGCUUCCUGCAUGUUCUGUUCAGAGUAAAUCAAGUCAAGCUUGCAGGGUAGCCUGUUGUUUUUCUCCCUGAGGAAAACUGGCCGUGUCUCAGGAUUUGUGGUAUCCAGCUGAUGGAAGAACAUUGUCUUCAGCUCCAGUUUUAGUAAACAUGUCGCUCUGUGAACUGGUGUUAAAACUAAAGACUACAUUUCACUGGCCUUUCUCCAUGAACCUGGUCGGAGUCCUAUACUGGACCCAUCUGAGAGACAGCUGAUGAGAGAAGGUGCUGGUGUCUGUCUUGGCAGUUUCCAUCAGCUGCUCUUACAGGCCUUCCAAAAGCAGCAUUAUUCUUUUCCCUGUGUGCUUAGCGAAGCUGAGGUGCCAAAGUCUGGUCACAUUUACAGCAGUACUCUGUUUGGGGUCUGCCACCCGAGAUAGUCCUUGCACGGAAAGACAAACAAUGCGAAGAGGACGACAGGGAAGGAAAGGAUUAUUGUUUUCUAUGACAGCUUGGCAGCAUUCUCAAUCUCCCUUCUCCUGACCC